GCUAAAGCUAACGGCAGAGUUCUAUGCAGCGCUAAGAAAAGCAGUUCGGACCGUAUUUUCAGACGUUAAACUUUUGUCGAACUUCUGCUGGUGUGUUUCAUAGAGGUCGAAAUGAAUCCAGAGUUCAGCGUUGAAUCACGUCUGAGGGAGAAGAAACAGCGGAGUUCCUCUGAAAUCUCAAUUUAAAGAGUGGGCCGUUUGUUUUUAGUUUGGUCUUUUUUUAUACAAACAGUUCUGUUCGGUUGGCCUUCAGUUUUAAAGUGAGUUUAAACUGUGAAGUCAUGGCGUUCUUCGUGAAAAAGAAGAAAUUCAAGUUUCAAACCCAGCUGACCCUGGAGGAGCUGACCGCUGUGCCUUUUGUCAACGGGGUUCUGUUCUGCAAACUGCGGCUGCUGGACGGAGACUUUGUGGCUACUUCUUCCAGGGAGGAAGUUCAUGAGAACUGUGUCCGCUGGAGGAAGAGGUUCACCUUUGUGUCAAAAAUGAGCGCCAACCCCCACACCGGAGUCCUGGAUCCAUCCGUCUGCAGGGUGUCCGUCAGGAAGGAACUGAAAGGAGGAAAAGCGUACACGAAGCUGGGCUUCACAGACCUCAACAUGGCCGAGUUUGCCGGUUCUGGCUCUACGGUUCGCUGCUGUCUGCUGGAAGGAUAUGACACCAAGAACACACGGCAGGACAACUCCAUACUGAAGGUGAUCAUCGGAAUGACUCUUCUUUCUGGAGAUCCCUGUUUCAAAACCCCUCCAAGUACAGCAAAGUCCAUCUCUGUCCCAGGACGGGAACACACCCUGCAGCUGGACUGUAAGGGGGAGGGAACAGCUGAGGGAAGCGGGCCAGCCGGAGGCGUCUCUCUGGGCCGGGCCUCCAAGCCUCGGCCCUCCAUCAUCAGUUCGGGUCUCCUUGACGACUCUGAGAUGUAUCAGAACCAGUCUGGUCCGGCAGAGGCUUUCCAGUCCGGCCAUUCGCGGAACUCCAGCUACGCCAGCCAGCAGAGCAAAAUCUCAGGCUACAGCACAGAGCACUCCUGCUCCUCCAGCCUGUCGGACCUCACGCAUCGCAGGAAUACCUCCACAGGAAGCAGCGCAUCUGGAGGACUGUGCUUCUCCACUGACACGCCACCAGAGAGCGACAAGGACGCCGGACGUCCAGAGAGACCUCCACGACCCCCUCGACCUGUGCUGCCCCCAAACCGACCCCUCAGGAGGAAGCAGGACUCGGUGGAGAGUCACCCCACCUGGGUAAACGACACCCGUAUUGAUGCCGACGACAUUGUGGAGAAAAUUGUCCAGAGCCAAAACUUUGCAGAUGUCAACAACACUGAAGACAGUAACCUGCGACUGUUUGUCAGCAGAGAUGGAACCACAGCGCUCAGCGCCAUCCGGCUGGGAAACAGGGUUUCUGCCGGCGGCUAUGAGCCGGUGGUGAUAGAGAGCCAUUAGACCAGCCGCCUGCUCACCUUCUGCCUCUGGUUUUACUGGAGCUUCAGCUGGUCUGACGCCAUGAGAGGGAAAAACCACGUCUGUUUGCACUUUAUGUCCAGUUCGUUUGCAGUGUCUGUCUGCACUGUCAUAGCUGCCUCCUUGUGAUGUUGAAGGGAAGAUGCUCCCUGCUUUGUGUGAAUGAAGAAGUUCAGAAGUGUCUAAUGCAUCAUUUUGUGUCCAGCUUUUUG